UGGAAUCCUUCCCAAAUUCUUCCUCGCGCAGCACUUCGGUUCCCCAGAGAUAUUUUUAGCUUUUCUCGUUUUUUUUUUUUAAAGACUUUGGGUUUCUUCCUGAAAACUUCAUUUCCCAGAGUGCCGCCUGCGGCCAAGAGGCGUGGCGAGCAGGCGGGUUUGCCCCUCGGCCGCGCGCUCUAGAAGCCCUUCCUUCAAGGGCUGGAGGGCGCUUACCGGACAUGGCGAGCUGUCCAGGUGCUGCGUCCGUGUUGGCCGCCUGCUGCUUCCUCGCUCUCUGCUGCAGCCCCGUGGCAAUCUCCUUGGCGCUGCCGAGCCGACCGGCGUACAGCGACAAUGCCAGACCUGUCCUUGGGAUAUUGGCACAGGAGACUGACUUCAAAAACUUCCAGAAAUAUGGAAGUUCUUAUAUUGCUGCUUCGUACGUAAAAUUCAUUGAAUCUGCUGGCGCUCGAGUCGUACCAAUAAGACUAAACCUUUCAGAUGAAGAAUACAGUAAGGUUUUCCACUCUAUUAAUGGGAUACUUUAUCCUGGAGGUGGAGUUAACCUUAAGACUUCUGAAUUUUCCAGGGUUGCGAAGAUAUUCUACAAGAAAGCACUAGAGGCUAAUGAGAGAGGAGACUAUUUUCCUGUCUGGGGGACAUGCCUGGGACACCAGCUGCUCAGCUACCUCACGAGUGGCGAGAACUUGCUUACUUGGACUAAUACUGAAGAUUUUGCAUUUCCGUUGAAUUUUAUAAAAGAUGUCAAAGAGAGCAAGAUGUUUGCAAAUUUCCCUGAUGAUUUGUUGCAAGAGAUUGCUUCUGAGCCUGUGACUUCAAACUUUCAUUUCUGGAGCCUUUCCGUGCAGAACUUUACAAACAAUCAGAAAUUGCGCAGUUUCUAUAAGAUCUUGACAACAAAUGUUCAUGGCAAUGUAGAGUUUAUAUCCACCAUGGAAGCUUAUGCAUAUCCAGUAUAUGGUGUCCAAUGGCAUCCAGAGAAAAAUCCAUUUGAAUGGAAGAAUGAAACAGGCAUACCACAUUCUAGAACAGCUAUGAAAGUAACAUAUUACAUUGCUGACUUCUUAGUUAACGAAGCCCGGAAGAGCAACCAUCGAUUUUCCAGAAAAGAGGAGGAGACAGAGGCAUUGAUUUAUAAUUUUAACCCUGUUUUCACUGGGAAAUUUUCUUCAUUUGAGCAAGUUUAUUUUUUUGACUAAGUUGUCUGUCAGAGGUGUGGCAGGGGUCAUUUUGAAUUUCUUUGGCUUGGUUUGUUUUGUAAUUACAUGAAUACAAUGGCAUUGCAAAUGGCAAGAAUACGGACUGCUUAUCAUUCCUUCUAAAAUGAUUUUUCUCAUGUUUUCUGUAGAAUUGCAGUUCUUGUUCUCAGCUCUCAUGAAAGAUCUCUAUUGAAAGCCUCAAUGAAAUAAUUGAGCUGUGCAAGAGCUUAGUGAUCAGUGAGACAUGAGAAUUUACUAGUUUAGUUCAUAGUACACAAUUUGGUUUAUUUUCAGCGUCUUGCUAUAAUCGCACUGUUAGAAUCUUUUUCAUUUGUGCUACAGAGAAAUUGAAUUCUUUUUAGCGUGCAACUCUGAAUUCAGAAAUCUUAUUUGAAGCAACUGAAGAGGUCUGUUCUUGUGCUAGUGGAGAGAAAUGAAUGUACACCCUUGAGACGGGUACCUUCAGAGGAUCUUGUUGUAAUUGUUUCUGUACUUAUAAAACUGUUAUUUUCAUUGACUUGGUAUAAAAAAUCUCAGGUAAUCACCCCUUUUGACAGAGAACUUCUUUGGAAAAAACAAAAGGGAGACAGCUUUUGCACACACUGAGCCAUCUAAUGCAGGGGCCUUUAUAACAUCUUAUUUUCUCUGCCCCCUUCCAAUGCAUAGAUUAAUCUGUUGUUGAGUCUGUUCUCUCUCAUGUCAUCUGUACCUGACCCCAGUUAGCAAGAUGUUUCUAAUGCUACUAACUGGAAUUCAUUUCCUUAGCAAAGUGUUCUUAGAAUAAAAUUGGCUUCAUUUUCUUUUAUACUUCUCUCACUUUUCCUUUAGAAACCCCUCCAGUACAUGCACUGUCCUCAUGCUCUCCUCCAAGGUACUGGUCAACCCCACCCUUUGUUGAGCACUGGCUUAAGGAGACUCCUUCCCUCUGUCUCCUCUACUUUGAUCUGACCCUUUGGGGCCAAUCUCAUAGUUAGUUUCCAGUCACGCUCUAGAAAUUUGUCUGUUACAGAUCUCUGUCACUUCUAUACAAUGCCUUGAUUCUGGUACUAAACAAAGGUGGCGGUUACAUUUUGCAAUCUGAUCUCAAGCAUGUUUUGUCAGAUUCAUGUUUUCAGUCUUCAGUGGGACACUAAUGUGCAAUCUUAAUCAGUGUAUUAAGUGAAUUGUUUAGAAACCUUUCGAUUGCAUAAAAAUUGCCUGUAGCAACUUAGGCAAUGGAUUUUCUUGCUAAAGAAAUGUUUUACUGCAAGUACUUCUCAUAAAACCUGCUGGAGACUUCCUCCUUCUGCUGCCACAGAAAACAGCACCUCUUUUAAGAUGAGUCCAGUAGCACCUUUAAGACUAACCAACUUUAUUUUAGCAUAAGCUUUCGAGAACUACAGUUCUUUUCAUCAGAUGCAUCUGACAAAUUUUUACAACUGUUGGUGUUGAAAAUUCCAUCAUACAUUCAGUUUACUUGAUCCUUUAUCUCUUUGAGAACAUGCACAUUCCUUUAGAUUGUGCAUUCAUGACCCUUGAUAUCACCUCCCUUUAUACUUCCAUUCCACAUGAGGAGGCUCGACAGGUGGCAGCUAACUCCUCUGGAUCUUUUAAGAUGGUACCUGCUGUGAUAAGAGCAUGAUUUAUCAGAUGAGACAUAUUCAGUUUAUAUAAUUAAAAUGUCUUGUCGACUAAGAUUUUUUUAAACUGGGUGAAACUCUGUUGCUCAAUAUGCUUAGUAGCAGUAAUUUGUAUUUUUUAUCCAUUGUACUAUUGGCAUUAUAAUCAAAGAAUAUUCCAAGGUGGUGGUUAUUGAGUAAUAAUAUGACAUUUAAGGUUUUAAUGCAUCAGAACAAAAUUGCCAUUUCAAAGGUGAAUUUGGAAACACGUGCAUAUGCUCUCUCUUCCCAAUGUCAUCUUCAGUCAUAUACUGCUGGAUAGUGUGACCCAUUUAGUUCUUGGGAAUCAUUUGGUUCCUGGGCUGGAUUGCUUUAUUUCAUAGGUGCUGCCAACAACUCCAAUGGCUGCAAACGCACAUGGUUACCAUCACUGCCUAUGGGAAUGAAUGUUCUGUGCUAGGUACAGGCUGGCACAUUUGUGUACUUUUGGGGCUAUCAGAGAUAUGAUGUUUGGGAUAGGUUCAGGAUCAGGCCUUUCAUACAUAGGACUGUUUAUCUGUAACCAUGCUUCUUUUAAUUGCACUUUUUAUAUAGAUAUUCAUUUUCAAAUAAAAUAGUGAUAAGGGAAGAGACUUGCUAGAAAUUGAAUGAAAAAACAAUGUAGAUUUCUUAUUUAAUGUAUUGAUACUAUUGGAAGUUCUUUAUAUUGCACUAUAAAACCUUUAAUAAAGGAAGUUUCAACAGUGUA